AUGACUCGCAGUAUUUUGACAUCUGUCGUGAACACGCGCGCGUCGACUGCACAGCCCGACUCGGUCGAUCGCGUGAUGUCAUCAUCCUCCGACGACGAUGAGCAAACUUUUGACGAGUUGUACGAUAAACUAACCGCUCGCGCGUCGUCGGGCACGAGCACGAGCGCUCGAGACGCGUCGAAUAACGAUUCGAAAUUGAAACAGCUCCUCGAGCGCAUCCGAGCACCGUUGCGACGGGAUCGAGCGUCGAAUGCUCACAAGGGGUCGAGCGAGAGCGAGGACGAUGGUAAUAUUCGCCCAGAGACGCCGGUCCGAGCGCAUACGCCGUUGUCGUCGACGUCUAGGCGUCGCGUGGUGAACGACGCCUCGCCCGCCAUGAACGAGAGCCCGGCGACGUUGAUGCGUUACCUGCGAGACGCCCAGCGCGAGCGAGCAGACAUGGAGUCUCGCGCAGAGGCGUUGGUAGAACACAUCGAGCGAAGAGACGCUGAGGCUCGAAGCGUGAUCGAGGAGACUCGAGCGGAGAUGCGCGAGUGGCGAGAGCGGUGCAAACAGUUGAGUCGAGACGUCCCGGAGCGAUGGUUGGGGGUGUUCGAGUCGUACGACGCCGAGAUCGAUCGAUUGGGAAAGGAAAAUUUUGAUUUGAGAGAGCGCUUACACGAAGCCCUGGAGGCGAAACUGUCUAGGGAGGACGGCUCGGGCCAUGGCGAGGCAAGAGCUGAGACAUCGGGCGAGCGAGACGCCGCGCGCACGUCUGAGGCGCUCCACCUCCGUCGUGCCCUCCGCGCGAUCACGCUCGAGCGUGAUGCAAUCACGGUAAAGCUCGCGGACGUUGAUCGACGCGAACGACAGAUGAACCUGAUCCGGCGUCACUCUGAGGGCACCACCAAGCGUCUCGCCCGUGUUGAGCGCCUCCUCGCGAGCGAGACCGCGCGCGCGGCGCAGGCGAUCGCCCGAGCCGAGCGCGCCGACGCCGCGACCGCUUCAAUUAUCUCAGACUACGAGUCUCAGCUCACGAGUGCGCGAGCGCUCAUCGAAAACUUGGCUCUUCGAUGCGACGCCGACGAUUUGAUGAGAGCCGCGCGCGAGCACGAUCGCGCGUUCCCCCCAAAUCGUCGUCGCGUCUCAGUUCGCCAAUCCUAG